AUAACAUCGAAGAAUAGAAAUUAAUAUUUUAUGAUAGCCCGGUGCCCACAAAACUACCGAUAAGUGACAGAACGAACGUGAAGGCGAAAUGGCUGAAGAAGAUUCAUUCGUUAUUUUAGGCAGUUCGCCUUUGUCUUCGCUCUGCUCUCAAGGCGGUUCUCUAUUAACCGAUGCAUUGGACAAAGAACCAACAGAAACCGCUGUAGAAGCUCAACAAAACACGAACGUUAAAGUGGAAACACCAGCCAUCAUAAGUCAGCCGAGCCCAGUGCCAGAGCAAACAAAUUCUACAGAAAGCAGCUUACCCACAACUUUACCUUCUGGUCAAAGUUCUUUGGCAGCCAGCUUUUUGAUGGGCGAGGUUCAGGCCGAUGUGCUUAAGAACAGCAUAUACUCCCAGUUCCCCAGCUUUUGUUCUUUGCAAGCCCGCGCCGAGGAUGUAGUCAAGCUACAGACAAUGAUGACCGAAUACAUGGCUUUGAAACAGACCUUGGACAAAGUGAAUCAUACGAUGCAAGAAUAUUAUAAGAUCACUCAGCAAUGGCGAAACGAAGCGGCUGCUCGAGAGCAACAGUAUCAGGUGAAAUUGCAGCAAUGCCAAGCGCAGAUCGAGAAGUUAACUGUGGAAAACCAAGAGUUAAAAAAGGAACUGGAGAGUAAUUUGGAGCAAAUGCGGCUGUCUGAGGAGAUGCAUCAGAAAGAGCAUGAUGAGCUAAGGCAAUGUGUUUCAGAGAAAUCAUCACUAAUUAGCAAUAUGGCCGUUGAAAUUGAAAAAUUACAGCAGCAGCAGCUGCAUUCUUACGAAUAUGUCCCUGAUGAUGGAAGUGUGGCGCCUGUAAAAUGUCUGAAGAACGGGGAUCAGGACAACAAAGUUAAGGAUCUUCAGCGACAAAUGUCUGCACUGUUGGCAGAGAACUUAGAAUUUAAGGACAUGAAAAAGACGUAUAUCGAGGAAAUAGAUUGCCUCAAGGUUAGCUUGACCAGUGCUGAGGAGCUUAUGAGAGGCAUGAAUGCAGACGUGAAGGCAUUGAAAGCAAAUGACGCACAAAAGGAUGAACAGAUUACACACUUGAAAACACAGAUUGAAAUCUAUCGACGGGACUUUGAAAUGGAGCGCGCUGAUCGCGAAAAGAAUGCUAGCGAAAAGGAGCAAUACCUUAUGGAUUUACGUGCACUACAACGACGCAACCAAGAACUAAUCGAAGCAUUAGCUGAAGCACAAAAGCCUAACAAGUUAAGCUGUGGACCAUCAAAGUUAGGAGCCAGCAGCAAUAGCUUACGACCCGAGCAGAGACCAGUAAGAGUCCUAGAUCCAACAGGCGCCGCCGCGAAGACAGCGGAGCCGGCAUUGCGAUGUCCGAUUUGCUCAAAGCCCUUUUACGCUUUAACUGUUUUGCAAAGUCAUGUUAAUGAUUGCUUGGAUAAGAAUUAAAUAUUAGUAGUAGUAGUAGUAGCAG